AACGACCGCCGCGUUUUCCUAUAAAUACCGCUUCCCUACCCCCCGGAGUCAUUGCGCUUCGCUCUGUCUUCUUCUCUCUCUAUCUACUGCGGGCUGAUCCUUUUUCACGAACAAAGAGGGGUCGGAUUUCCGUACUGCUACCCUUCCCUACUUUAAGGAAUGGCAAUGGAAACCUUUCUAUUCACCUCGGAGUCCGUGAACGAGGGCCACCCCGACAAGCUCUGCGACCAGAUCUCCGAUGCUGUCCUUGAUGCCUGCCUUGAGCAGGACCCUGACAGCAAGGUCGCCUGUGAGACCUGCACCAAGACCAACAUGGUCAUGGUCUUCGGUGAGAUCACCACUAAGGCCAAUGUUGACUACGAGAAGAUCGUGCGUGACACCUGCCGCUCGAUUGGGUUCAUCUCCGAUGAUGUUGGGCUUGACGCUGACAACUGCAAGGUGCUCGUGAACAUUGAGCAGCAGAGCCCUGACAUUGCCCAGGGUGUGCACGGCCACCUCACCAAGCGCCCUGAGGAGAUUGGUGCCGGUGAUCAGGGUCACAUGUUUGGGUACGCGACCGAUGAGACCCCUGAGCUGAUGCCCCUUAGCCAUGUCCUUGCCACCAAGCUUGGAGCUCGCCUCACCGAGGUGAGGAAGAAUGGCACUUGCCCCUGGCUUAGGCCUGACGGAAAGACCCAGGUCACCGUGGAGUACUACAAUGAAAAUGGCGCCAUGGUCCCAGUCCGGGUCCACACCGUCCUCAUCUCCACCCAGCAUGAUGAGACUGUGACCAACGACGAGAUUGCAGCGGACCUCAAGGAGCACGUGAUCAAGCCUGUGAUCCCUGAGAAGUACCUCGAUGAGAAGACUAUCUUCCACCUCAAUCCCUCAGGCAGGUUCGUGAUUGGUGGUCCCCAUGGUGAUGCGGGUCUCACUGGCAGGAAGAUCAUUAUUGACACCUACGGAGGGUGGGGAGCCCACGGAGGAGGGGCCUUCUCUGGGAAGGACCCCACCAAGGUGGACAGGAGCGGUGCCUACAUUGUCAGGCAGGCAGCCAAGAGCAUUGUUGCCAAUGGGCUGGCCCGGAGGUGCAUUGUCCAGGUCUCAUACGCCAUUGGUGUCCCCGAGCCUCUCUCGGUCUUUGUUGAUUCCUAUGGCACCGGGAAGAUCCCCGAUAAGGAGAUCCUCAAGAUUGUGAAGGAGAACUUCGACUUCAGGCCUGGGAUGAUCUCCAUCAACUUGGACCUCAAGAGGGGUGGCAAUGGGAGGUUCUUGAAGACUGCCGCUUACGGACACUUCGGGAGGGACGACUCCGACUUCACCUGGGAGGUCGUGAAGCCACUCAAGUGGGAGAAGCCUCAGUCUUGAGCGAGGAGGCGAACAAGGAGACCGAAUUCUUUCAACGCUUUCCUUUCGCUAAAGACUAGGAGUGGGCACGUGAUGAAUAAUUUGCUAUUUUUCGAUUUCUUUGCAGCUAUCAGUACUAUCCUGGCUUGAGAUCAAUCCCCUAAUAUUUGCUUAAUUUCAUAUACAAGGAUUGCCAUUUUUCGGUUUUUUAUUUGUUUUCUACGGCCAUCGUAUUAGUGUUAAUCAUGUUACAAAUGUAAUGUCAAUGCAAUGAUAUGAUGAACGAAGAAUUUUGUGAGCAGCAACUGAAUCAA